GCACACUGUAAACCCAAAUGCUCAAAAUAAUUAAACUGAUUGAGUAGUAUAAACUUAAUUUUCCAAAAAAGUUCUACUAACUCAAGUAGUUUGGGUUUGUGUGACUUUUUAAUAGUUUUUGAGUGAUUUAAAAUUAUUAUUUUUGAUUAACUGAAACAACUUGCUCAUUAAGUAAGUGUCACUUAGGAAUAUAAUUUAACUUUACUUAUUUUUUAUUUUUAUUUUUUUAGUUGUUUCAACAUGAUGUCUGCAUAUGACAUUAGUAAACUUUGUGUGUGUGUGCGCGCGUGUGUGGUGAAGCAAUUUGUCACCUUUAAUUAAAUUAUAUACAUAUAAAUAAGUUAAAAUAAAAUAAAAACUUCAUUUGACUAAUGAAGCUUGUGUCUUCAUGAAUUCAGCUUUAAAAAUUAUUUUGCAAGAAAAAUAUUACAUAAAUAUUACAAAUUUUACAUACACAAACGUUAACACUAACCAGAACAGCUGUUUUAAUGUGUGCACAAAAUACAAUAUUAUAUUAUAUAUUAUAUAUCUAUUAUAUAUACAGUAUUAUAUAUAGAAUGGGCCUUUAUCACAUGCAGUAAAAAAAAUGUUUGUUUAAAAAACUUUUCCGUUGACGUAAGGGUCGUUAUUUUAUUGGCUUACGCGGCUAACGUGCUCCAAGGUCAGUGUGAGACUUUUACGACGUUGUGGGAGCGCGCAACGCUUGGAUAACGUUUGCUUUGGCGCCACAAAAUACUGCAGUGAGUGAGGAGGAUCUCAGCUUCAAGUUGUCGGCAGUUAUCACGGUAAGUGUUAAAUGCAUUUUAAAUAGGCGCUUAUCUAGUGAACAGUUGCAACAGUUUAGUCUAGAAAAAACUUUAAAUAGCGUUCACCAGUUACGUAUAUUUACAUCCAAAAGUAAUGGAUGUCCUGCAAGGAAUAACUGAUGAAAUGGGCCUGAAAAAAAAAUGAACGGCGAACGGGCGAAGCAUAUGUUACACAUUAGUUAACUUCUAUAUCAUUUUCGAACGGAUCAUAGUCUAUAUUUCCGCUUGCACAACGUACGAGACAAUGUAACUUUGCCUAACGUUCCAUUUGUUUUAUUUAAAGACAUUAGACACGCGAUUUAAAAAUAAACAUUAGUUACUAAUUUUGUCUGGUGUGCAAAAACACUAUAUAACUUGGAAAAAAUACUUUUCCCAAUGAGGUGAUGUGCCACUGAUACGCAAUUUGGGGAGUUGGAGAGCACGUGCCAUUGCAGAAAUGUGCCUGGAAAUCCUCUGAACACUUUCAUAUAUUUUAAGUCUAAUAUGGUAAAAUGAUAUAGACCUGUUACGCGUUCAAGUUUUGACUGAUGACAUCGUUUUUGAAAUAUAAAACACUGUGGCCCACAACUAUCACAUUCCGGCUUAAUAUUUAACAGCUGCAACUGUCUAUUAUAUAGUAGUCCCCUUUAUGUUUGGUGUUACAUCAACAUAACUUUUUACAUGUUUCAUUACUGGAUAAAUAAUUCAAAUUUCUCACAAAUUAUUCAGUGAAAAUUCAUAUUUAAUGGUUAACGUUACUUGUCGGCACCUAUUGGCGUAACAACGUAAUUGUGCCAUGUAAAUUAUGAUCUUUCAGAAUAUAUAUUGCAGUUUCAAUCGAGAUCUUUUAACAAUUAAUCGUGCAGCUCAAGUGGUAGCUGUAUUCUCUGGUCAUGGUCAUGUAACCUGUUUGUUGAAUUGUACUCGGAUAAUUAAACUGUUUUUUUUUUCUUUUUUGGAGCUAUACACUUUCUAACAUUAAUUUUGUUUUUCUUUCAGGUUGUUGGCUUCAAUAUGAUUUGGCAGUGUAAGUUGUGUUCAGCUUCUUUUACUGAACGACUGCAAAUAUUUAAGCACUACAGACUGCAGCAUAGCCACUUUUCCAGUGUAUGCCCCCUUCCAUGCAUCUACAAUUAUUGCAUGUGUACAUUUAAGACUUUUAAUAGUCUUAGAACUCAUUUGGCAAGAUGUCACACUCACCAAUUUGGCAGUAGUGCAGAACACUGUCAGCAGUCUCUGUUGUUUAAAUGCCCUUUAUGCCCAUUUCAGCAGCAUUUUUCUGAAUCUGUUGUCUUCUGCCAUCUUAGAAGGCAUUUAAGAAAUCAUGAAACAGUGGCUUGCCCAUAUAAGGAUUGCAGCUUUACCACUAAUGUGUACUCUACAUUCAAUUCUCAUAAAAGUAGAUCACACCAAGCAAGUGUUUCGUCAGACUUUAAAAAUGACAUUGUCAGUGAAGUUGCUCAACCCAGUAUUCCUGCAGUUGAUGGUGAUUUGAAUGAAGAACCUUCAGGUAUAGAUGAGGAUCCAUUGGGGGAUGAUGGUGUGUGUGACACUGACAAACUAAAACAAGAUCUCAGAAUGAAUUUAUCUUCCUUAUUUCUAAAGAUGCAGGCAAUCCUCAUUGUCUCAAACACAACUACCCAGGAAAUAGUGGAGCAUUUAAAUCAGGUCUGCUUCUUAUCGCAGCCUUUGAUCAAGAAGGAAAUUCAAGAUAUAUUGCAGAGAAAUGGUUGCAAUUUGGCAGAAUCUGCACUGGAUGAGGUUGUAAGUGGAGUUAUGGACUCUAAUGUUAUAUUUACUAGUACUUCUAAUUGUGCAGAGUUAUCCACAUCGAAGCGCAGAAAAAUCUUUUUUGAGCACAACUAUCCAUGUGUAAUGCCAAUUGAGUAUCAGCUGGAGCAACUUGGACAUUCCAUAAUGUAUGUUCCUAUCCUUCGAAUGAUUCAGGAGUUGUUUAAGAACACAGACAUUCUAAAAAUAAUUACUGAUCCAAAUACCAAUUCUGGUCAAUAUGCAUCAUGUUGCAAUGGCUCUUAUUUCCUUGAAAAUGAAUUAUUUUCAACCGGUGAUCUCAUUUUACCCCUCCAGCUAUAUAUUGAUGAUCUUGAAAUUGCCAACCCACUUGGCACAUCACGUAAAAUUCACAAACUUUGUGCUGUUUACUGGGCAUUUGCCAAUAUGCCACCAAAACACAGAUCAACUUUACACAAUAUACAGCUAGCAUUGCUUGCAAAAGUGACAGACAUCCAUAAGCAUGGGUAUGCAGCUGUACUUGCUCCAUUAUUACGUGAUGUUCAUAUUCUUGAACAGGAUGGUGUCUUUAUUGAAAGAGCUGGUCGCAAUGUCAAAGGUACCAUCUUUUGUGUUUCUGCUGACAAUCUAGCCGCCCAUGGAUUAAGUGGCUUUGUGGAGUCAUUUAAAGAAGGCUAUGUUUGCAGAUUCUGCUUGGCCACAAGAGAACAGUUUAAAGCAACUGAAGCCAGGCAGUUUUCUCAAAGAACCAAAGACAGCCAUGACCUUCAUGUACAAAACCUUCUGGAAAGUGACACUUGCUCCAACCACUUUGGUGUUAAAGCUAGUUGUGUCUUGCGUGACUCCCUGGAUUACUUUCAUCCAAUCACAGGCUUUCCUCCAGAUGUACUUCAUGAUCUUCUGGAAGGAAUAGUUCCUGUGGAGCUUUCUUUCUGCAUUAAGACUAUGAUCUGGAUGAAGUACUUCACUUUAGAGUAUUUGAACCAAAAGAUUGCAUCAUUCCCAUAUAAGCACACUGAUAAAGUGGAUAGACCUCAUCCAAUUCCCAAAACAUUUUUGUCUCGAGGAACGAUAGGAGGGAAUGGACAUGAAAAUGCUACUCUGCUCCGACUGCUUCCAUUACUUGUAGGCAGUGUAGUACCAGAAGGUGAUGGUGCAUGGACAGUUUUGAUGGAACUGAAAGAGGUAGUGCAGUUAGCAUUAUGCCCAUCAUUUACUGAUGAAACCUUAGACUAUUUUCAGUCCAAAAUCAGUGAUCAUAAGCAAGUACUUCUGCAAACGUUCCCAGAGUUUAACCUUCGUCCUAAACAUCACUACGUGGAGCAUUACCCCACCAUGAUCAAGUGCUUUGGGCCCCUGGUGCAUGUUUGGACAAUGCGAUUUGAGGCCAAACACCGUUUUUUUAAACGAGUGGUGCAUGACGCUCAAAACUUCAAAAAUAUUUUGAAGACAAUGGCAGUCAGACACCAACACAUGAUGGCAUACCAUCUUGCUGCCCCUUCAUUUUUCAACCCUGAAACACAAGCGUCCAGUGUUGACUCUGUUCUGGUUUCAGCUCUACCAGAAGUAGCUCAGCUACACAUCAGAAGACUAACAACUAGUGACACAAUAUACCAGACAUCAAAGGUUACCAUCAAUGGCACAGACUAUGUCUGUGGAAUGUUUUUGUCUGUCGGAGAGAGUGGUGGACUACCUAGGUUUUGCAGAGUAGAACACAUUUACCUUGUCAAUAGCACCAUUUCAUUCCUUUGUUCUGAUUGUGAGUCCUGGUUUUCAGAACAUCUUGGAUCCUAUGAGCUCUCACCUUCACAGACAAGUCUGUCAAUCCACCUAAGGUCUGACUUAAACGAUUCAGUCCCUCUCUCUGCAUACGAGGUAGAAGGCUCGCUUCUGUUGACACCCAAGAGAUUCAUACAAAUAAAACAAGCCAGUGCAUAAUGGCAGCUUUAUCUCCACAAGCCAUGAUCCUUCGUGUUGUUGAGCCAGACCGGGCUAGAAAAUUAAAACUAAGUUCACGACCAGCCUCUGUUGAUGCACUGAUUGCUGUUAUAAAAGAACAGCUGGAAAUAGACCUUGACUUCAGUUUAAAAUAUGAAGACCCUGACUUUGAUGGAAAACUUACUUCCCUCUCUGACAUUGAUGAGUUGCCACAGAAAGCUGUUGUGCAUGUGUCAUUUGAGCAAGAUUCCAGCUCUGUUGCAUCAACAGAAACAAUGUCAAGUGUAUCAUCCUCAGAACGUGGGAGAAGAUGGCCUUCACAUAUUUUUCCAAUUCCCACAUUUUCUUUUGACGUUGAACUGAGACUUCGGGAAGGUAAUGCCGAAUUUGAGAAGAACAACAAGCAACUUCAGUUAACUAGAGACAUAAAACAUGACAUUUUAGAAAAGCUAGCAUCUGUGAUGUAUGGCUACAAGGCUUAUCCCAGUGAUAAGGAGAUAGCAAUGGUAGCUGAGGCUCUUGUGGUAAAACAUCCUUGCUUGAAAGAAGCAGGAUCUCAGACUGGCUGGAAUGGGUGGAAAAAUAGCCUCAAAUUUAAGAUGGGGAACUAUAGGAGCAAGAUGAGAAGGGCUGGAUGUCCAGAGAUCACUGUAAAUGCUGGAAAAAGGAGUGCAAUGAAUCCUGACAAUGAAUCUUCACAUUCAAAUAUUAAAAGACCCAAACGAGCAGAAGUAAACUUUUUGCCCAACUUUCCCCAAGGAGAAAAUCCCUCAACUCUUGAACAGUUGAGACAGAAAAUUGUUGAUGAAAUGAAGAAAGCUGAGAAGAACUUACCACUUAUAAAAAACAUGAUGCAAACCACCUUUGCUCUGCGGCGACAGACCAUAGUGAAGACAUGCCCACCAGUAAAAGAGCUCAUGGAACUCUGGCCUGCACUCAAAAUGGAAUCUGAGGUGUAUGCAGAGUUCCAACGGAUUACAAACGAGAACCUGCCCAACACAUUCUACUCUGAGCUUGACCGACAUCUUCCUAGACUGAUGACCCUGUUCAGACAGAAAGCAUCCAGAACCGGGAAGACAUCAGAUACUUUAACUGAAAUCCUAAGAAUCCAUGAUGACCAGGAGUUUCAUGACAUACACACCAAACGUGUCACUGUUCUUCAUGCGCUUCCUGUGUAUCUACGUGAGGACGUCUCUGGGUUUUUAAGGACCUGCAUGGACACAUCUGAUGAGCCAGAGCUUUUAGAUGUUGCAGUGGCCCUCCUCACAGUCAUCAAAGAUAAUGACACAAGUCCAGUUCACUUCCAGCCUGUGAAAAUCUCUGUUGUCAUCGAAAGUGAGAUUGUGGGCAGCCUCUCCAGAUUUGCUGAUGCCUUCCUGGUAAUGUUUGGACUAAUCUAUGCACUACACCUCAACUAUCCCAGGGGACUGACCAACACUUUUGAAUUCAUUCAAAAGAUUUUGCUUGGUCUUGAUGAGGGUAAACUGUCACCCAAGUUACAGAGUCUCAAAAAUGACUUGAUGUGUAUGUAGAAAUGUAUUGGAAAAAUUACUAAGGCCUGGCAGUUCCUCAGUAGUUCAAUGUAAAAACAAUUUGUGAAAAUAAUGGUUGAAAGGUUUUUGCACUUUUUUCCCCCAAAAUGUGCACAGUGUGCAUUUAUUAAUGUGCAGUUUUCAUUUCUAAAUGUUAUUUGUGAUUUUAAAACAGCCCUUGUUCUUUACAAUUGUUAAGUACAGCUGGGUAGUACUUGGUAACAAUGCAUGUAAUUUAGUUUUAAAUGGUUCAUGUUUUUGUAAAAGUUCAUGCAGGUUUGUGAAUUUGUAAUGUCAGAGAUGUGGUCUUAAUCAGUUUUUCAGGUUUUAUCAUAGUGCACCUUUUUUCUGUCUUUUAAAUGAAGUGUUAAAUAGGAAAGGACAAGAACUCAGCACACUGUAAUUUUAAACUGUUUAAGUUUGUUGAACUUAAAAUAUUUGAGGCAACGAGUUACAUCAAAAAAAUUAGUUUUGAUUCAUAUGAUUUUGAGUCUUGUGUUUUAAAAGGUUUGAGUAACUUGUACUUAAAACACAAAGACAAAGAUACUAAUAAAUAAUGAGUUCAUUCAACUUAAAAGUGGCUCUUUGUGAAAUUUUUUUUUUAAGUGUUUUUAACUAAAUGUCUUGAGUAUGUGAAAGCUAAAUUUUAAGUCACUGUAACUAAAACUAUUUCAGUUAAUUUCAUAACAUGUUUUAAUUUAACUGAAAUUAAAAGGUUUAUGUAGUAUGUAAUAUAGAUAUUUAAUUUUUUUUUAAAUUAAAUUUUUAAGUUCAUUAACUUAAAAAAUUUGAGGCAACGAGUU